AUGGAUAUAAAUGAGAUUAGCCUGAGACUAAGGAACUUUGACAAAAAAGAUAUAGCUGAGGAGAUCAUUUUUUUGACAAGCAUUCGUGACCAUAUAGACCUAUAUACUUUAGAUCCUACUGUCUAUUCUACCUUUUUAAAUGAAUGUUUAGGAAGUAUAAGAUCUAUUUUACUGCUGAGGGACUCAAUCCAAAGUUCUGAAUAUACUAAGGCUAGAAUAUUGUGUAUGGAAAUAUUGACUUUGUUACCUCAAAAUGAGGUAUUAUCAAAUUACUGUUUAGAUUUAGCACAACUGUGUCUGCAUCUGCUUGAUCGAGACACUGAUGAUAUAGGUAUUUUUGCAAUUAGGAAUUUGGUUUUUCUAUACAGGAACUAUACUAAUGCAUUAGAUAGUGUGGUGGAAUCUUUACUGGGAUUUUCAUCUAGACUAUGUACAGAUAUUCAACAGAGUUUACCACAACUGAUUCAGGAGGUAGUAUCUGACCAUAAAUCUGGAGUGGCUUCUCAGGGGCUCGCUGGUACAACGCAAAAUGUAUAUAAUCUUAACUCAGACUCUAAUGAUUCGUAUGGUGGACUCCCUAUUAGACUAGAGAGUAACUCUUCUGCUUUGGGAGAUGAUACAGACAAUUUAUUCUUACGAGGAAGUUUUUCUUCAAAUACUUUAACCGAUUUAAGUGACUUAACAAACCCUGUUCGCUCGAGUGUACAUCGUAAUACAGUUGGAGGAAGUUCUCAUCAUCAUACUAGCUGGAGUUCGACUAUGGUUUUACCAUGUCACAGAUCUUUAAGGAUUUUGGUGGAGCUCCCAUUGACUUUAUUACAUAUAUUUCAAUUAUAUCCUCACUAUAUGGAGAGAUACUUUGCUAUUUUUGCCCCAAAUUUGGUAUCAUGCUUGCAUAUUGCAACCUUAUUUCCUCGUGAUUUCAUCCCCAGAAUUUCAGCAGUAUCUCAACAACAGUACAAUUCUAGACUGCAGCAACAAUAUAGUCCAGACUAUGUUCCAGAUAUAAUGCAAUCAGCAAACUACCGAUCUUUGGUACAAGAUUACAUAGUUACCUGUAGCAAAAUAAUCUUUUGGUUUACCCACUUUUUCAGAGGAUUCACUCAAGAGGAUCACAUAGUGGAUACUUUGAGACAGACACAGGCUUCAUUUAUUCAGGGUUUCAUUGAAGUUUUGCUAUUAUGUCCAGCUCAUUGCUUACAUCAAAGACGCGAAAUUUUAGUUUGUUUAAGGAAUAUAUUAGGUACUGAUUUUAGACAGGGAUUCUACUCAAAAGCAGAUGUUUUACUGGAUGAAGUUGUCCUAAUUGGACAGGGCAGGACUGGGUAUGAGACAAUCAAGGUUUUAUCUGCUGCUAUUAUUCAUGAGUUUCUGGUUUAUCUUCGUCUAGAAUAUUCCUUUAGUGCAUACAAUAACAUAAAUUCUGAUGGGUUCUUAGAUAUAAUUAUGAAAUGUCUACACUCUCUAACUAGAAAUAUAUUGGAUACACAACUUCCUCUACCAGCUCAACAUUACUGCAUACGUUCUAUUGCUUUUCUUCCAGAUAUUCUUAAAAAGGAAGGGUUCUUACCUAACAACAACCAACGAAAUAUUGUGAUAAGAGAUAUAUUAUUGGUAAUUUUAUGGGCAUUUUCACUAAAGAUUCAUCAACUUCGAAGACAAAUAUACAACUUAGUUAUAGUAGCUUUAAAUGGUGAUAUUUCUUCAUUUUCAUGCUUAAAUAGUAGUAUUAUUUCUAGCACUCCUUUGAAACCUACUCCAAAUGAUAUAUUAAGUGAAUUUGAAAAUAUAUAUAAUGUUGGCCAUUGGUUAGAUAAAGCAUUUUCUUAUGCAAAUACACAAUUAGGACAUUGUAGCAUUUCUCUUUUAGGUUCGAGUACUUUACCGCAUGGUAUAAAUCAAGAGACUAAAACUAAUACAUACACUAAUUCUAGGCCAUUGGUUAUCGAUGUUUUAAGAGAACUAAGACCAAUUAUAAGAGCUGUAAUUAUUGGUGUUAGACAAACUAUUUUUCAUAUUACUACGCUUAACAGAGUAGGUUUAAGUGUAGGGUUAGGAGCAAAUGCAUCAGGAACAGCUCAUGGAUCUUCUAAUCUUGAUAUUACACGGUACGAUGUUCGUAAAUUGGCUCAAGGAGUACCUUUAAAUGAAUCAGAAAGUAGAUUAGUUCAACAGAUUUUUGUCGAAGGUAUAAUUUGUAGCGUCGAAUAUAGCUUGAGCUUUCAAUCUACAACUAAUAAUACAAGUCUUUUUAAUAUUGAAGAGGGAGGCCAUGAGUGUCAGAUUCUCUCAACUUGUGCAGUUCUUCCAAAUACAUUAGCAACAUCGGGGAUUCAAAAUUCAUCGUCAUCCUUAUCAAUUAUGCCUGAAGAAAAGGAUUUACUUGAACUUCUUGCAUCUACAAUGUGUUAUAUCCAUCCUCAAUCUUUUGGUGAUAUCAUACAAGCGACAUUCCCUCUUCUUUUUGAAUGGUCAAGCACUAUGAGUCCUCAAGUAGCUCUUAUAUUUCACUAUUGGGGACUACAACAACAUGUAGCAAAGACAUUUUAUGAAGCUGUUCUCCCACAUUUGAUAACAAAAAUGGAUUCACUUAUGGCGGAACCCGAAUCAGAAUACAAGAAUCUCCGUAAAGAUGGUAUUUCUCCAUUGCAAAUUCUCUCUAAACAAGCAGAUGUAGAUAAAUCUCGUGGUACACUCACAGGAAAUUCUUCUCAAUCCUCUUCCUUGCCUGGAAUUCCUACUGUGAGUACCUCUAUAUCUAUGUAUCCUACUGAUCAUCAUCAGUUAAGCCUAUCACGCUUUGCUGUGGAUCCGCAUAUUGAUAAUGUCCCUUUGCACUCCAAAAUUCUGUAUUCUAGAGGACGUAUAUCAUACUUUGGAUCCAAUAUUGGUAGUAUUAAUAAUAGCCAAUCGAAAUUCCAAAUUAUAGAUCCAAGAGAUGAUCCAUUUAAUGUAAUCCAAUUUGCUCCCACAGCAGCACCCCAUGGUAAUCCUCCAAAUCAUGCCUUUUCAUUUGAUAUUCUGACUCAGGAUAUAAAUAUAUCACUUUUGCAACUCAACAAACAACUUGUCGACCUACCCCUUCCAGAUACUUUUAUUUAUGGAGCACGAUCAAAGAACAGGGAAUAUACAAAAAACUGUGAUAAUUUAUUACCUUCCAAACAAGAUGAGAUUGCACAUAACAAAGAUUUAGAAACAAGCAAUAGUACCUUUUCCAACACACAUUUUACACUGAAUUCUAUCCCAUAUUGUUCAUAUUCAGGAGGAAUAGCUGCAAUUCUGGUUGUAACUCGUCUACUUAAACAACUCUUCAGAUUUAUAGGCCAAAGUCCCCAAUUUGAGACUAUUCUACAGCCUUAUGUCGCAGAUUUAUGUGUAAAGUGCACAACUUUAGCAUCCAGCUAUCCAAGUAAUACAUUUUACUUAUCAAUAUUGCGCUCCCUUUUUAGAAGUAUAACACCUGGUGGAAAAGCAUCUGGUAUUUAUAAGGAGUUCCUUAGUAUAUUACCUUGGUUUCUAGAUACAACAAUUCGAAUGCAAAAGAUCACAUCAUCACCUUAUAGAGAAGUCUGGUUAGAAAUAUCUUUGACAGUACCUGCUAGAUUGAAGUCAUUAUUACCAUACAUGGGUCAACUUGUAGACCCUAUGCUUAAUGCUCUAGAAAGCAAUGAUCCGGAGCUUGUUCUGCUUGCCUUGAGAAGUCUUGACUUAUGGAUAGAUAAUCUUCACCAUGACUUCCUUUAUCCUAUUUUGACGAACUCUCUACAUCAACCUCAUAGAUUUCAAACUAGACCUUGUAUUUUGGUAACACUUUGCAAAUUAUUGCGUCCAGCUCCCCCAAUUCCUUUACCUGCAGCUCAAGUUUUAUUUUAUAACUUUCCUAGGUACCAUAAGAAUAAUAAUUUGUCAUUUUAUGCUUUACAAUCAAUUGCAUUUCAACACGCUACUUUGGUUGGUAGAAUUCUAGGUAAAUUGGGAGGUAAGAAUCGUUGGUUCUUGAAGGAUGCAGCAACUUUAGAUAUUAGCAAGUGCAGACAGCAGGCCUUUUAUUCUUUACCCUUAUCAAUAAACAAGAUAAAUGGCUCAAUCCAAUUAAAAGAAAUCAAUCUGAACUUCAAAAAUGAACCCUUACCUAUGAUCUCACUAGAUGACACUCUAGAACAUAUUUUCGCAUUACUGUCUAUACAAAGCACCAGCCAAGAUAACCCUGGAACUUCUAAAAUAAUCAAGGAUAUGAGUAUAAAAUACAUUGAAUACAUUCUAGUGAACUACUUAAACUUAUUUUGGUCACCUAUUCCCUCUAAAGAAUCUAUUGAAGCUUACUUUAAUGAACUAAAUUGGUAUCUUUCUAACUAUCCUCAUAUUAUUGAGGAUCCUACAUCAAUAUUCUCUGUAGAUUUUGUAAAGCUUAUAAAUCCAAAAUUAUUUCAUUCAUUCGAUAAAAAUCUGGAACUUUAUGUAAAAACUCUUAUACUAGGAGUAUCUAUAGAUUCAGAACUAAGGGAUAAGUGCCUUCUACUUUGUAGUGGCUAUAAGACAUUUGUUGCCAUUUAUUGUGCAUCAAGAAUCUUCAUUCCAGACCACUGUAACUUAAAUAUUUACUGGAAUCUUACAAGUAUUGAUCCUGUUAGUCCCUUUUUAUCUGGAUUAUUUGAGAUACUCCAAGUAAACUCUGUUAUUUUAUCCUCUACUGCCUAUUUAGCAUCAUCAUCAAAAACUGCAAUGGAUAUCUUGUGUCAGUUAGUAGAGACAUUUUAUAUUCUUGUGAGUCAUUUUCCAAUGAAGUACCAACAAAAAGCUCUUCAAACUAACCAAUUACCUGUCUUAUUAACUACCAAUUUAGUAAAAUUAUGUUAUCAAACUCUGUGGAGUAAGAAAAUAGCUGGAUGUUUACUGUUAGUAGAAAUUUUAGCUAGAUUUCCUCCAAUAUGGGCACAGGAAUUCUUUAUUCAAAUAGUAGAUGGACUAUUUUUCAUAUCAAAGGAUUCUGGGGUAGAUACAAACCCUUGUGGAGAAAGAUGUGCUGAAGAUGCACUGGAAACUUUAAUAUAUUCUGUAUUUACAGGUUUCAAACCAAAUUUAAGGAAGUCUGAUGGGUCUUUUAUUAUUGAUGCUAUUCCAUUAUUAACAAAUGGUUUUACUGUAUCAUCACAUCGAUUAUCUCUCUUAUCUGGUGAAGGGAUAUCUACAAUUUUACCAGACUGGGAAGAAUUGCUAGAUCUAGUCAAUAAAACAAAAAAUUCAAAGAAAGAAAAUCCUCUACAAUGGUGGUCAAAUACUAGUAGGUUUUAUAUGGAAUUAUUACUAGAUUCAGACAAUAUGAGCUUCAUGGAUUGUCCAAUAAGAGAUUCUUUGAUAAAGAGCAUUGAAAAGCCUCCAAGUUCAGAGCUAUAUAUAAUUAGGAAACACCUUCAUCAUAUAUGUAUGGUAACUAUUAUUCCCAAUAUUCUAUCUCUCAAAUCUUCAUGUCGCAGAAUGGCACAGAAAUGCCUUGUUUUUUUGGCAAAUGCUACAGGUGUUUCCGUAGCUACUCUUUUGAAUAUUAGCUUCACAAGCGGUAAUGAGGGAAGUUCUUCGCUUUCUACAUCUUCAUCUUGUAUUACUUCUAAUACAAUUCUACAACUAUUGCUUAGCAGACUACAGACAAAAUUGAUAUCAACUUGUAGCACUCCAUAUCAGCUAGCCUUUAUAGAUGCAUUAUGUUUUCUAGCAUCAUUAAGGCCAUAUCCACUGGGAAUUCCCUCUACAGUUAUACGAAGAUUUGUUGAAGAUAUAUUGGUAGUAGUUAGGGAUGAAGUGGAUUCGGACUUGGGUGAUAGCUCUCAACAAAAAAACACUGGGCUAAACUCAAGUAUCCCUACUGCAAGUUCUGUGAGGACAAACCCUACUACUAAAAAGCAUAGAAUAGAGGUUCAAAUUCGUUCAAUUAGAUUCCUCAAACUUGUUUUGUUGCAUCCAAGUUGGUCGGAAUAUUUAAAAAGUAGAGUUUCCUCUUCUUUAUCAGUACCUAUUUCAACAAGCACUUCUCCUGCAACAGGUCCAACACACUUAAACAAUAUUCCAUAUCACCACCAACCUAUGACUUCUACAUCUCCUGUAUCGUCAACCCCUCCCAAUCUAUAUACUUCAGGAAAUAUUCCUGGAACCCCUCAGAUCCCUUAUAAUUCCAAUGCAAUUUCAACAAAUUCAUCUACAUAUGGAACUACUAACACUUCUUUAGCUCCCCAAUCAAACAAUUCUAUGGGUAGAAAUUCUGAGGAACUAAGAUGGAGAAUUAUUGGGAUUCUAUUCCGAUGUGUUACAAGAAGAGAUCUCGAGGUUUGCAUGGCUGCUCACCAUACUUUGAGAGUUAUUGUUAGAAUAGAGCGUUUUGUAAAUAAUCAACAGAUUUUAGCGAGUGGUAAUAUAGCCCAGUAUGAACUGUUACCGGAAGAUCAACUUCGACACUGCUUGCGUCCUGUUCUAGUUCACUUAGCAUCAGCUACAAGAUUGACAGUUCACGUUUUGCAAGGCUUAGCUAGACUUUUGGAACUUCUUUGUUACUGUUUCAAUGUAACUUUGGGUGAAAAGCUCUUGCAGCAUCUACAGAGACUUUGUUGGCCAACUGAUAUACAACGAGACCAGAUAAACACCACAUCAUCUAUGUCUACAUCAUCAUCUUUGAGACAACCCACCAACAAUUUAUUGGGAAAUCAGGAUCCAAAAAAGUAUGAAGAGGACCUCUAUAUGGCAGUAGCAAUGGUGUGUGUUUUCCACCUGUUACCUCAAGGAUCGGAUGAAUUUGUUGCAAAGGUAAUUGGCACUAUUCUGGGAACUAGAACUUUUCCAGGUAUAGAUGGGACAGCAAAUGGGCAAUCAUCUCUUUCAUCCUUCAUUAACUGUUAUAUAACCACAAUGACUCUUUCAUCUCCAUUUAGACUUCCUUUGGCCUUAUUCGCAGUUCAUUCAUCUCAAUCUGUGGUUUCAUUCCUCAUACAACAGCUAGCUUCAGACAAGUAUGCAAAUCUAUUAAUUGAUUUAAUCAAGAUGCCUCCAUGUAGUGUUGUGAGGGUGAAGUUAUAUCAGUUAAGGAUGCAAUUAAUGGAAGCGACUGUAAAUAGAGUUUUAGAGGAAGCUGACAGCUUAGAAGGUAAGGGUGUAGACACAAUUGUAACUAUUUCAUCUUCAUCUAUAUCAGGACAAUCUCUACCUCAAUCAAUCCCAGUUGUUCCUGCUUUUACAGAGGCAUAUAGCUGUACUUGGAAUGGAAUUAGAGUCCUUAGUUCUCUUUGUGAGGAGUGGCCAAGUCUUCUCAUUAUCGAUUUUCUUGAAUAUUAUGCAACUAAUAAUAAGUCAGUUCUGACUAUUAUAGAUACUCUUUUAACACUAUAUAAUACUAUAUAUAACCGUUUGAUUGUCCUCACAAAAAAUGGAGGAAUAUCUUCACAUGGUAACUUUGAAAACAAAUUUGAACUAGCAUUAACUUAUCAAGGCACUGUUUCUUGGCAGCACCCUUGGAGUUUUUUCCAUUCUCAAGAGUGUUUGUCUUUAUUUAAGAUGUUAAUUGGAUUUUAUUCUGAAACUAAUGCUCUUGAAGGCAUACCUGGUGAUGACUUUGUUUCAGUUCAAAAUGGUGUGAAUAGUCCGGUUAUUUCUCCAAAUUAUACAAGUAUCGGAAGUGACAUUAUUGAAGAUAUAGAGGCUGUAUUAAAUUCUAUGGAUAACGUAUUAAACUACCCUAGGCAAACUCCUGGGAGUGAGACUGAGCGCAAUAUUGUAGGAAUGUCCGGAUCAUUAGGAGGUUCUUCCUCCAAUUUGUCUCCAGGUUCUGUUGGACUUGGAGCAAAUUCUCAAUCUUCCCAUAUAAAUACUUCAUAUACAUCUUCAAAUCCUUCUGGUAUAUCAUCAUAUCCUUCUUCGGAAUUUGUGUUAUCUUUGCUAAAAAAAACAAUUCAUGGCUCUGAUGUUAAGGCUCACUUGAGAAGAAGGAGGAUAGAUGUAGUUUUAACUAUUGCAACAUUAUUUGGUACAAGUUCUACUUUAGAUAAUGGUCCACUUCGUGAUUUUCUUAUUUGUAAAGUUCCUAGUACUAUGACUAUACAAGAGAAGCGUCUUCUUUUUAACCAACUAAUUCAGCGUUAUUAUCCAAUUAAUCCAAAUCUAGAUGUCUCUUCGAUAUUACCUGGAACUCAGGUAGCUUGUAUUCAACUUAUACUGAUUCCUUUAAUAGAAUACGAGUUUAACAACUGCAACACAAACAAUACACCCAAACUAAAGGAGAAUACUACUUCGGCAACAAAACAUGGAGAUGUAAACUCAAUACAUGCUACUUCUCAUUUUAAUGAGUCAUGUUGGCUAAAUGAUGCUAUAUGUGAAGGGAUUGUGACUAGAAUAAUUUUACCUAGCUUGGAAAGAAGCAAUAUUCCUUUAUAUGGUACAACAGGACUUAGUGCGAUUGAUGAUCCUUUAAAAGUAGAAAUUUUGAAAUUACUUAUUUUACUAAUCAGAAAUCCACAAUGCAGUGAAGUUUUGUCAAAUAAUAGAAAGCGUAUAAUCAAGAAUGUUUGGAACAUUUUACGCACUGAGUCAUCAAUGCUAAAGUCUUGGGGCUAUAUAACAAUGUGUUUCUUUGUAAGUAAGUAUCCUUUUCCUGACAAGAUUUUGUUUUCAAUACUAGUUGCUUUAACAAGACUUUAUGGAGUAUCAGAAGUAAGGUUGACAGUCCGUAAAGCUUUAGAUCUGUUUAUUCCAAUAAUGUAUAACUUGAAACCUUUGGGUGAAAGUGAUGCGAUUACAUCUUUAGUAUCUAAUACACAACCUGCAGCAGAAACAAUUUCUGGAACAAGUGUUGAUAUUGCACGUCAAAAUUCACUGAAUCUGUCCUUUUCAUUAGUACCCUCUCCUCCAAGAUUAGAAAUUUCCGAGAAAUCUCCUGAAAUAAUGCUUUCAAAGUGGUUAAGGUUGAUGAUUGCAAUUUUAAUUCAAGAUAGUUAUAACCUUCCUUUACCUCAACAACUCUUUCAUUGGCACAUAGUAAUACAACAUAGUCACAUUUUUGCUCAUGAAAGUGUUUAUUUAUUCUCUCCCAUUUUAUCUACAGUUACCAAACUUUUGUGGAGUUAUGGUAGCUUGACUGCAAGUUCUGAUACUUCAAGACGAACGUCGAAAAUUGGUCAUGCAGGUGACUCUGCAGUGUCAGGAGGAAAUUCUGAGAAUUCAAGAGAUAAUUCAAGAGAUAAUUCAAGAGAUAAUUCAAGAGAUAAUUUAAGAGAUAAUUCAGGAGAUAAUUUAAGAAAUAAUUCAGGAGAUAAUUUAAGAGAUAAUUCAGGAGAUAAUUUAAGAGAUAAUUCAGGAGAUAAUUUAAGAGAUAAUUCAAGAGAUAAUUCAAGAGAAAUUCCUGGGGGCAGACUAGCAGAUUGCUCAGGACAACCGACAGAACCUGCUUCAACAAAUUCUACAUAUAACUCAUCGGGAUUUUCACACAAUCUUCCCUUACUACCUGAAAUUAGACGUGGAAUCUAUGAUAUACUACUAGUUUUGACAGACUGGAUAUGUAUCAACCAAAGUUACGUAGAGUCUGAAGAAUACGGAACAGAUGGAGCAAGCAUACAACCUGAAUAUAAGAAGCGGAAAAUGGGGACUUAUCAAAACAAUAAAAGUUUAAAACAGGAACUGGAAUUCUCUCAAGAAAACUCCGGAGUUUUAUCAAUAUUAAAUUGUACAAUUGAUGUUUCUAGCAUUUCCCAGUUAUCUAGCCUAUUAAUUAAGCAAUCUGGCACAACAAACAUCUCAAUGUCGAGUUUGAUUAUAACAUCAUGGUUUCGUUUGGCCCUAUUAUCUUGCAAUACUGAUCACUUGAUGGUUAGUAAGUGUUUUACUCAAAUGGCAAGGAUUUUAAAAAUGGAACCAAAUUCAAAAAUUCAACUUAUUUGGUUGGAUCUUGGAUUUCCAAUUCCAUCUUUUAAUACAGUUAAUAACAAAAAUAGUAGUCGCUCACAAAGUUAUGGUAAUCAACCCAAUUUAUCUGCUGGAUUUGUAAUUACUUACCAACUAACAUUAUUAGCUGGUUUACAAGUUAUAUGCAUGUAUCAAUCCUUCCCUGUUAUUAUUCUUCAAUUGGACUGUUUCUUAAAGGUAUUGGAGCCAGUUUUUAUUUCUACUGAAAAAGUCACUAUAGACUCUCUUUACACAUUUUUAUGCAAAAUACUUCAAAUAUUACCAUUACCUUCAAAGCAACUGCAAUUUAUUUUGCAAUGCAAAUACUCUACUAGAGAACAUUCUAAAGAACAAGUUAGCAUGCCUGUAGAACCAAAUACAGUUCCAGCUCCUAACCCUGACUUGACAUCAACAACGAAGGUAUCUUCAGUAGAUUUAAUUAGUAAUUUAUCCUCCAACAAUCCCAUCGAAGAAUCAAGAACAAAUAACCAUCAAGCAAAGGCUAGUAAAGUCAAUAUUGAAAGGUAUAAGAUGCAAUUUUCCAAAAUGUAUCCACCAGAUAAUCGAAUUGAUUCCUUUUAUACUCGAUUAAUUGAUAUUGCAAUAGCUGGGUUAUGGUCAUCUAUUGAUGGUGAGUCAUCGAUGUUACCUCCAUUUAAUCCUGUUCAACCCAUAACACUAGGCUCUACUGGGAAUAAUAUGUACACAUCUUCAAAACAUUAUGUUUCUUUUUAUACUGGUGUUAAAUGUAUAAUGAGUUUAAUGACAGUAGGAGCCUUUAAUCCAACAAUUAGUUCCCAUAUUGAUUGUAUGACUGCUCAAACUUCUGCACCCCCUACAACAUCUGAUCUAACUAGUUCUACAAACCAGCAUCCAGUUGGUAUAAUUUUUUUAUCAUAUAUGUCUGAUUUAAUUAUUCAUGUACUAGAAAAUAUUCUAUCACAGAUAUCUAAUUCUACAAUACCAUCUUCAUCAAUGAUGCAAUCAGGUCUCAUACCAAAUGUAGCACCAACUUCAAGCCAUAAUCGGUUACCUUUAAAUACAAUUCAAACUUCCUCUUCAGCUACAUUACUAUCAACUUCAUCUAAUAAUUACUCUAAUUCCAGUAUUAUACUACUCUUACAAUCUUGUGGAGAACUCUUUCAUAUCUUACUAAUGACUCCUGAAGUUACUUGGUAUACCUUAAAUAGUAAAACUUCACAAAAUCGUUUAAUUAAUUUAGUAAGAGACUUUGGCCUUAUACCACUUCAAGGUGGUAUAAUUCAUAUUCUCAUUACUAUUAUUGGAAGGUGGAUGUAUAGAAAACCAUUUGUAAUAUCAAAUUAUUUGGCUCAAACUUUGAAUUUAGAUAUUAACUUAUCAACAAAUUCUACCACUAAUUCUCCCUUCACAGAUUCAAAGUAUUCUAAUACGGGUAAUAGAAGCAAAGUCAAAGUUUUAUACCUUGAUGAUAUUAUUAAGGUAUAUUGUGAUUUAUACCAUUGUGUUGUAUCUGAAGAUACUGAGUCAUAUAUGUUUUCCUCACAGAAACCAUUAUUUACAUUCAGAUAUGAACUUAUUUUGAAUUUACUGACAAGCUGGUCACUUAUAUGUGAUCGACAUAGACGUCAUGAAAUUCAUCUUGCAUAUCAUUUAUUAGUAAGUACUAUUUUAUUAGAAAAAGAGGAGGAGCUCAACAAGCUUAAAAACCAUGACAGUAAACAAAAUAGUGCAGCAGGCGAUAUAGCGAGUGUCAGUGAAAUUUCUAUGACUACAUCAGCUGAAACUAUAAACAUGAGAAAUUCUGGAGACAAUUCAGAAAUCCACUUAGAGGAUCACAGCAGUAAUUACCCUGUAACGGGUAUAGAUCCAAAACUCAUAAUGAUUCUUGAACGAUGUGCCUUAUUAGGACUGGCAUCUCCUCACCCCAUUAUUAAAGAGAAAUUUUUGACAUGGUUUGAUAAUAAACUUCCAAGAGAUGUGCAGGGCAGACUUCACUUUUUACUUACAUCUUCAAGCUUUGAUGUACUUGCAGAGAGGUUUUAUAUAUGUCAAUUUUUAGAACUUCUUAUUCCAGUUAUAAAGAUAGAUCCAAUCAUUAAUGACAAUGACAAGAUUCAGAGAAAUAGCAAGGAUAGGUCUGAAUAUUCCUACAAAUUUCCUCCUAUACUACCUGAAAUUAUGUAUGAAGAUUUGAACAUGGCAAUGAAUAAAGCAAACUCAGAUACUAAAGGGAAUCAGAAAACAUACUCUCCUUUUGAAUGGUGGGAAUUUAGAACCUACUUGAAGACCUUAGGUGGGAUUUCGGAAUUUGGAUACACUGAUACUAAUGACUUAAGCGGAAACUCGGAAGAUCAGAAUAAAUAUGUGUCAUUACUUCAACCUUUUAGAGACUAUUCUGAAAAUAGAAAUACUGCGGAUGAGCAUAUACAUAGCUCGAAUAAAAAUAAAGAUGAAACUACAUUCGGAUCUCCACAUCCAAAGGAGUACUUAAGCUUAUCUUUGUCAUCCUUGGAAGAUCUUGACAAGUUUCUGAAUAAAGACUCUUUAUACUAUGGUAAUUCCAUAAUUUCAACUUUGUUAUUCUUUGCAAAUACUAGCGAAACACUAGCUAUUAAACUGUGGAAUUGUAUCUUCCCUUGGAUAUGGAAUAACUUUGAUCCUAAAAAAAGAAAUUUACUGACCUUAGAUAUUAUUGAUUUGCUAUCUAAAGAAAGGCAUCACCGCGUAAGUUCAGCAAUGCCUUCUGAAUGGACAGUUCCUUGUGUUAUUAUGGAGAGUCUUCUUAUGUGUGAAUCACCUCCAGAGCUUCCUAACAGUUUAUUACUACAUCUAGCCACCAGACUUAGAUGCUGGCAUACUGCAGCGAAAUACUUAGAGGUUCAAACUAAUUCUGAAAAAUUUGGAAUAUUGAAUAAGGAACAGGUGAUAUUAAACGAAUAUACAUCUAUGAGUAGUCAAGUUGAUGUAACAAAUAAGAUAAACUAUAAAACCCUUAAUUCUGUUUCAACAAAUAUAAGUAAUAUGAACUACUCAGUACCUCAAAAUUUGGCCUUAUCUCCUGCAAAUCCGUGGAGUAUUUUGGCUGAGAUAUAUGGACAAUUACAAGAAGAAGAUGUUGUCAUUGGAAUAAAGAGGACAUAUUCCACUUGUUUAGAAACACAUAUUGGACUAGCUUUAAUGCAACAAGCUGAGUGGAGUAAAGCUCAGGAAAUAUUCUUUAAAAAUCUAGACUCUAUAUAUAACUCAUCAGCUCUGAUAGCAGUUAAUUCGAGAGUAGUUGAUUCUGAGCUGGAUAGAAUUAACACAAGUCUCCAAAACUCAUCAGAUUCGGGAGUUAUCUCUCAGAAUUAUCAAGGCCUAGGAGGAUCUACUGGACGAUCAAAUUCCCAAAAUUCCAUUGAAAACUUUUCAAACACAAUACCUCAACAAGAGAUAGAAUCAUUUUCAUUUCAGACUAAUACCAGGUUUCAGAUUCACGAUAAAGUUGCUACUAUUUCUGAUCUUUAUAAUGUGGCUACUUCUAAUAUCUCUUCAAGUCUAUCUAAUGAGACACUUAUUUGGAUUGAUAGUUGGGUUUCCUGUGCUAAGCAUCUUAAUCAAUGGAAUACUUUAAAUGAAUUCGCUAAGGAACGAAAGAAUCCUCAAUUGCAGCUUGAAUGUUCAUCGAAAUUGCAAGACUGGACUCUUGUCGAAAAACUUGUGAAUAAAUACUUCUUACACAAUCCAGUCACAAAGCUUUGUCAAGCUUAUCAUUCAUUACAUGACUUACUGUUGGGAUCAUCUAAUACUAAUUGUUAUCCUCAGAACUCUUCAGGAUUUCAACAAAAUCAAAAUUACCCCCAAAAUUCCUCUAGUUCUGUAGGAGGAAGGAUUUCAAAUACAAUGAAUUCAACCAGAUCUAAGCUUGCUGAAUUUGAACGGCAUUGUUCAAUUGGAUAUAAAACAGUUCUGAAUUUUUGGGCCACACUACCUAGUAUUGUAUCUAACUGUCAUAUUCCAUUGCUACUAAACUUUCAGCAGUAUAUAGAACUUCAAGAAGGUUUUAGGUUAUCUUCAGAUAUUGAACGUAAGCUUUAUCAAGAUUUAGGUUCUCAAAUAACUGCUCAAAACAUAAUAGGAGGGAAUAUUUCUUCUAAUAAUGGCCCUGUGAGUUCUGGUAGUAAUUCAGGGAACUUGUCAAAUGUGGGACAUACAAACUCUGCAAACAUUCCUCAGUACACAUCUUCUACAGGCUCUUCACCUGGAUAUUUUGAAGCUAGAAUGCUAAAUGUAUGGCGUGAUAGAUUACCGAAUAAGUGGGACAGUAUGAUAUUAUGGAAUGACCUUUUUGUAUGGAGAAAUUUUGUAUUUUCAAUUAUUACAAAUCUGAUUAGCAAAUCAGACACUUUGUCAUCUCAAGCAAAAUCCCUCUGGCCAAGCUACUUACAGGAUAUGCCAUGGACAAUGAUUAAGUUUGCAUCUAUUGCAAGGAAAUCUCAUAGGCUCCCAGAGGUCUCCGUAGCUUUACUACAAAAGUUACAAAAUCAUCUCCAAAUAUCGGGAGGAGAUGCUUACAGAGCUGAGACAUUUCUGGCAACUUUAGAGAAGGUCAAACUUUGUCUUUCAGAUAAUUCCCAACUUCGCACAGGAUUAAAUAUUCUUAAUAUGACGGAUUUUCAAAAGUGUCCAGAACCUUAUUUUGAUGAAUAUAGAGCGGAACUACUGCGUUUGAAGGGAGUAAUUACAAAUAGACUUUAUCCAAACUACUAUAUUGAUGGUGAUAGCACAUCUGGUGGAAUUCGCAUAGAUGUGGAGCAUGCUAGUAAUAGGGGAAAUACUGAUAAAGUUUUAAACUCCUCUCUACAACCAGGUUCCUCAGCCCCCCCAUACAACCCCUCAUCAGUAUCAAAUCCUUCCCAAGUUUCAGCUUUGUCUGUAUCUACCUCAUCUGUAAACUCCGAAAUAGUAACAUCUUCUAUGGUGAGGGUAAAUGUAGAUCUUCUUUCCUCACUUAAGGUAUAUCCUCUCUUUGCUAGAGGUUGGAUAACUUGGGCACAAUAUACAGAUAGACUCUUAUAUAUCCACCAGAAUAUGAGCUAUGCUGUUAAUGCAGUGAUUUCUUACCUAAUGGGAAUAUACUUAAGACCUGAUAAAUAUUCGAUUUUACUUUCUAGGGUACUUUGGUUACUUCCACAUGAUUCUCCUGAAGGUAAAUAUCUUUCCUUAGCAUUUAAGAAAUACUCUGAUUUCCUUCCGUGUGCCGUUUGGCUCCCUUGGAUACCCCAACUUAUUGCUGGUUUGGACAGAAUUGAGGGGAAUGCACUAUUACCUAUAUUAAAUAAAGUCGUAGUUGUUUUUCCUCAAAGCAUAUACUUUAACCUACGAUGCAACUAUUUAGAAAAGCGUGAAAUGGCUCACUUAUACUGGUCUAUAUCUUGCAGUGAAUCAAAUUCAUCAUCUUGUAUGAAUAUUGGACCACCACCUCCAAUCUCUUCUGGGGUCUAUCCUCCAUUCAUUACAGUUGGAAGGCAAAGACUUGAAUCCCUUAUGAAUACUUGCAGGGUUAGACACGGAGCUCUCACUCUGGCUCUUGAACAUUGGGUUGAAGAUCUUGUUUUACAUUGUAAACCAGAUCCUGUAGAUGAGCUAUUAUGUGCAGUUAGAACUCUGUUUCAAAUGACUAUUGAGGUUGUACCAAAUUUAAUAUCUCAAGUUUCAGAUAAUGCAUCAUUUUCAGAUUUCUCAUAUUUAGAUCAUUUCCCUUCUGUUGGUAUCCAAUUCCUUGAAAAUAAUAUAAUAAAGAGAUAUGAACAACUUUUACAAAGACCAAAUAGUGGGAAUAAUUCUACUUUACAAAGGGCGAAAAAUAUUAUUGGACAAUUUUGGAACGAGUUUAAAGAUGAUUUCAAAGUAUACAAAGCAAAUACAGGAGACUCUAAAUUUUGCUAUAGAGUACCGAGAGAUUUAACCCUGGACUUUGUUCUUGAAAAGUUGAAGAAGUGGAAAGACUAUCUUGUUAGGCUUACUGAGAAAUCGAAUACACCUCAAAGUAGGCCCUUACUUCCGGAAUUAUCACCUACUCUAUGUGAUCUUUUUCAUAGAAUCAAUAUUCGAAUAGAGGUCCCAGGACAGCAUCUUAGAAUUUCCUCUGAAAGUUUAUAUCUAAGAAACUUUGCUGUUUUGGAAAAUAUGAGUAACAACAACAAUCCCAUUGGAGGAGUGAUAUACCUUGAGAGAGCAUUACCAAUUGUAGAAUCUGUUACAAGACAAUCGUACACACUUAGGAGAAUAGGUUUCCUUACUUCAAGUGGAAGUAUAAUUUACUUCCUUGUUCAGCCUUAUAGUGGUUUGCAACAAAAAGUUGAAGAAAGAAUUAUACACUUACAAGUUGCUUUGAAUACCCUUCUGUACAGAUAUAAAGAGACUAGAGCUAGAAAUAUAUCUUUUGCAAUAUUACCUUGUAUACCAUUACAUCCAAGAUGUAGACUUGUUGAAGAUACUGGGAAUAAAAGGAGUUUUGCAGAAAUUGUAGAAUUUGGAGGAACUUCAAUUCCUAGAUAUGAAAUAGUUAGAGAUCUAGAUUUACCUUUACUUUUACAUAGAAGACUACUCAAUUGUCUGAGGAAUAAACGAAAUAUAGAGAAUAUAAGAAAUGUUAAAGAAGGCAAUUUCAAACUUAAUGGUAAUUACUCAAGCAAUUUUAAUAGUGGGAUAUCAUCUGGAUCAAUUAAUAAUAUAAAUGCAAUAACAACCAAUAAUUCUGACUAUCAAAGUAAUUCAAACUUUGGAAAUAGUAUUACCUAUUCAAAUUCGAAUUUGUUUAAUCUUAGUCAACAAGACUAUAUCAAUGUGUACAAUGAAAUUUGUGAAAAUUGGGUUCCACAAGAUAUCCUUAAGAAUAGUUUACUUGGAAAUAUAAACUCUUCGGAUCAGUCAUUUAUCUUUGUAAAACAGUUUACUACUCAUGUUGGGGUAUUAUCUAUAUUUUCUUACAUUUUAGGUGCUACAGAUGUUACUCCAAACAAGAUGUUUGUCUCUCUUGAUACUGGACAAGUAUAUCAAUCAGAAUUAAAGUCAUCAUAUGUAUCGUCUACACUACUAAUUGAUAGAAUUGAGAAAGUUCCAUUCAGACUAACCAGGAAUAUGCAAUCCCUCAUGGGUCCGUAUGGAAAGAAUGGAAUCCUUCCUGGUGUUAUGUUAGCAUUUGCUCAAUGUCUACAGAAAUAUGAAUUUCACGUUAGAAACUUAUUAUGUUCACUAUUAAGAGAUGACUUAUACGCACUUUCAAUGCAUAGAGCCCUUCAAGUAACAACGAAUUAUGUAACUCAACAGCAAAAAAAUCCAAAUAUCACUAAUACGGAGAUACAAAGUAAUCCAAGUGUGCAUAAUGGAGCAACUGUUACGAACUUGCAAAACAUGUCACGCUCACAAUAUCUUGGAGUUCAGCAUUCAAAUAUUACAAGUGACACAUUACCAUCAAAUAUUAACAAUUCGGCUACAAAUAAUAAUCAAUCAAUACAAAGUUCUGGAAGCUCGAAUUUUAUGCAUACUAUACAGCAAAAGCUACUUACAAAUGCUGAUGUACGUGAGAAGGUUGAUAGAAACGUAAGAAGAAUGAUGGAAAAGAUCGCUAUUUUGACAAAUCCAAGACCAAUAACUGAUCAGACUGUGCUCAUAGAUAAGAGUAUUCUCGAAAUUAUUUCAAGUGCAACAGACACGAAAAAUAUAGCUUUGAUGAAAACAACAUGGAUGCCAUGGAUAUAA